AUGACUGAAGUAGAAAAACAAAAAUUAAGAAAUGACUCAGAGUUUUAUGAAAUUGUUCGAACUUUUCAUGAAUUAGUGACAGAGAUCAAUAAAAGUUAGUAAUCAUUAUAUUAGGUAUUCACAAAGGAAAAAAGCAUUAUCAUAAAAAGAAUAAUCAUCAUAUGAAUUUAAGCUAAAUUCAGAAAAAAUCGAAACAAAAAUAAAAAAAACCAAUAAAUUUAGAAUUCUAAAGGAAUCAAUAUCAUAUUAAAUUAGCGUAUGGAAUUUACUUAACGAAUUCUACUUCAGAAAACUCACUAAUUUCAAUGGAAAAAUGGAAUCCUCUUUAACAAUCAUUGAAAAUAAUAAAAUAAUCUUAGGACAUAGAUUUAAAUAAAAAGUAUAUUUAAAUAGUUGAACAAUUAUAAGAAAAGAAGGAAGCAACUUGA